AUGGAAAACAGCACUAACUCUUUUUACUUCAACCUUACUUUGUUCAUGAACAUUGGGCACUACCGUUAUCCAUCCUUUGUUUUUUGCCUUCUUCUCUACAGUUUUAUUGCGUCUGCAAAUCUUGCCAUGAUAUUGAUCAUAAUAAGGGAAAGGACACUUCAUGAACCAAUGUAUAUUUUCAUUGCAUUUUUAUCUGUCAACUCUCUGUAUGGGUCCACUGGUUUCUUCCCCAGAUUCUUAAUGGAUCUACUGUCUGAUAGUCAUUUAAUCUCUCGUCCUGCUUGUUUCACUCAAAUCUAUAUUAUUUACACAUAUGCCUCUUAUGAACUGACCAUACUGAGCAUAAUGUCAUAUGAUAGAUAUGUUGCUGUUUGUCAUCCUUUACAUUAUCACAGAAAGAUGAACUCUAAAACAGUCUAUAUGUUAGCUUUUUUGGCUUGGGUCAGCCCAGCCUGUUACCUCACAAUAACACUUAACAUGAUAGUCAGGCUUCCUCUAUGUGGAAACAUUAUAGAGAAGGUGUACUGUGCCAGCUGGAAUAUUGUCAAAUUAUCAUGUAUUACAGAUGCUGUUGAUAAUAUUUUUGCACUGUUGGGGGCAAUAACAAUAGCUUUUCUUCCCUUUGCUUUUAUCUUCUACACUUAUCUGAGAAUUGUUGUUGCUUGUUGGAAAAACUCAUCAGAGGUCAGGGGGAAAGUUUUACAGAGUUGUUUACCACAUGUUAUAUCCUUUGGUAUUUAUUCUAUAACAUCAUUUAGUGAUACUGCCCUGAGCCGACAAAAUCUUGAAAACAUAAAUCCAUUCACUGCCAUAAUUAUUUCUUUAGAAUUUGUUAUCAUUCCUCCACUUCUGAAUCCUCUAGUGUAUGGCCUGAAAUUACCAGAAAUUAGAAGACACAUUAUCAAGAUAUUCUGCUUUAAAGCUAAAAUUAAAAGAAAAAUACCAGAUUCUUCAGUGAUUGUUUGA